UUAUUGAACACUCUUAUAUUCGACACCGUAAUUGAUCUACAAAAAAAAGAGAAAUUAAUAAAUACAGUGGUUGAGAAGAUUCAAGAUCAGACCUUUCGAUUAGGAACUUGUGAAACGGAUACGGACGAAGAAAUACAACAACAUUCCGAAACCGACAGUAACAUUUUGGAAAAUUGGCAGGAGUAUUUGGCCGAUAAUCCAACACAAACAAAUAACGAGAAUCGUGACACCAACGAAUUGGGAUCUACAAGUCAAAAUAGACAAUUAAUUAAUCUAGGACAAAAUAAUGAAACUAGCGAGGAUGAGAAAGAAGGAUAUUGGUCCGAAACUCGACACUCCAACAAUUCCAGUGACAAUCAAAUCAUAACCGAUGACUUGGAGCGUACAGGAUCAAAUAAUGACGAAAUACUUG